AACCAAAGAAGAGCAGGGGGCAGUAACAGCAGAGAAGGGGUUGUUUGGGCUGUGAGGGCAGAGGAGUGGAGCUGCGUGCGGAGCUGACGGGGCGUCAGUUGAUGUUGCUGCUUCUGGGCCGCGCGGUCUCGCUGUCGUUUGCGCUCACACUCCAUAACUGCCGUUCAACGUCACCCGUUCUACUCGGCCCCGUUCUCGUCCAACUCGGAAGGAUCCCCGGAGUCACUCACGGCGCCGUCUCUGGUACAGCGACCAGACAACUCACAGGAACCAUGCCCGAGAGGAGGCCCUUCGUGCGGCUACCGACUGACGUCUACCCUGUCAACUAUGGGCUCUCCCUGAAGCCGGACCUGAUCGACUUCACGUUCGAGGGGAAGCUGGAGGCGUCGGUGGAGGUUACACAAGCUACAAAUCAGAUUGUGAUGAACUGCGCCGACAUCGACAUCAUCACAGCUUCUUUUGCAGCACAAGGAGGAGACGAAUUAAACGCUACGGGCUUCAACUACCAAAACGAGGAUGAGAAGGUCACUCUGUCGUUCCCUAGCGCCCUUCAGAAAGGCUCGGGGACUUUGAAGAUCGACUUUGUCGGGGAGCUGAACGACAAAAUGAAAGGGUUCUACAGAAGUAAAUACUCGACUCCUGCUGGAGAGCCGCGGUACGCUGCUGUCACACAGUUCGAGGCCACAGACGCUCGCAGAGCUUUCCCCUGUUGGGACGAGCCCGCCAUCAAAGCCACCUUUGACAUCACUCUCAUCGUCCCCAAGGACCGGGUAGCCUUGUCAAAUAUGAAUGUCAUCGAGCGAAAGCCGUACCCCGAGGACGAGAACCUGGUGGAGGUGAAGUUUGCCACCACGCCCGUCAUGUCCACCUACCUUGUAGCUUUUGUCAUCGGCGAAUACGACUACGUGGAGAGCCAGUCUUCGGACGGGGUGAUGGUGCGCGUCUACACGCCGGUUGGGAAGGCCGAACAGGGGAAGUUCGCUCUGGAGGUUGCUACGAAGACUUUACCUUUCUACAAAGACUACUUCAACGUUCCAUAUCCGCUGCCUAAGAUCGACCUCAUAGCGAUUGCUGACUUUGCUGCUGGUGCCAUGGAAAACUGGGGCCUUGUUACCUACAGAGAGACGGCGCUGCUCAUCGACCCCAAGAACUCCUGCUCGUCGUCCAGGCAGUGGGUGGCUUUAGUGGUCGGACACGAGCUCGCCCAUCAGUGGUUUGGAAACCUGGUCACCAUGGAGUGGUGGACCCACUUGUGGCUGAAUGAGGGGUUUGCGUCCUGGAUCGAGUAUCUGUGUGUGGACCACUGCUUCCCAGAGUACGACAUCUGGACCCAGUUCGUCUCCGCGGAUUACACCCGCGCGCUGGACCUGGACGCUCUGGACAGCAGCCAUCCCAUAGAGGUGAAUGUGGGCCAUCCGUCAGAGGUAGACGAGAUCUUUGACGCCAUCUCCUACAGCAAAGGGGCGUCUGUGAUCCGGAUGCUGCACAACUACAUCGGAGACGAGGACUUUAGGAAAGGAAUGAACGCGUAUCUGUUGAAGUUCCAACAUAAAAACGCAUCGACAGAGGACCUGUGGGACUGUCUGGAGCAGGCCAGCGGGAAACCCAUCGCUGCAGUCAUGAACUCCUGGACCAAGCAAAUGGGCUUCCCGAUCAUAGCGGUUGACCAGGAGCAGCAAGGUGAGGAGCGCAUCCUGAAGAUCUCUCAGAAGAAGUUCUGCGCCAGUGGACCGCACAACAGUGAGGAAUGUCCACACUGGAUGGUCCCCGUCAGCAUCUGCACGAGUGAAGACCCCAAAUGCUCCAAGGUCAAGGUUCUGCUGGACAGUCCGGAGACCACCGUCACCCUGAGCGGGGUCAGCGCAGACCAGUGGGUCAAGAUCAACCCCGGCACGGUGGGCUUCUACCGCAUCCAGUACAGCUCGGCCAUGCUGGAGAGUCUGCUGCCCGGCGUCCGGGACCUCAGCCUGCAGCCCGUGGACCGGCUGGGCCUGCAGAACGACCUCUUCUCCCUCUCUCGUGCAGGAAUGAUCAGCACGGUGGAGGUGCUGAAGCUGAUGGAGGCCUUCGUCAACGAGCCCAACUACACGGUGUGGAGCGACCUCAGCUGCAACCUGGGAGUGCUGUCCUCGCUGCUGUCCCACACCGACUUCCCCGAGGAGAUCCAGGAGUUCAUCCGGGACCUCUUCACCCCCAUCGGCCUCAAGCUGGGCUGGGACAGCAAGCCGGGCGAAGGUCACCUGGACGCUCUGCUGAGAGGUCUGGUUCUGGGGAAGCUGGGGAAGGCGGGACACAAACCCACGCUGGAGGAGGCCAGGCGGAGAUUCAAGGAGCACGUGGACGGGAAGCAGGUUCUGCCUGCAGACCUGAGGAGCCCGGUGUAUCUGACGGUGCUGAAACACGGAGACAGCGCCACACUGGACACGAUGCUGAAGCUCCACAAACAAGCAGACAUGCAGGAGGAGAGGAAUCGCAUCGAACGAGUUCUCGGCGCCAUUUCUGCUCCUGAGCUGAUCCAGAAGGUCCUCUUUUUCGCCAUGUCGGAAGAGGUCCGUCCUCAGGACACGGUGUCCGUGAUCGGCGGCGUGGCAGGAAGCAGCAGACAAGGCCGAAAAGCUGCGUGGAAGUUUGUCAGAGACAACUGGGAGGAGCUCUACAACCGCUACCAGGGAGGCUUCCUCAUAUCACGGCUCAUCAAGCUCACAGUCGAUGGAUUCGCUAUUGAUAAGAUGGCUGCUGAAGUCAAGAGUUUCUUCGAGAGCCACCCGGCGCCGGCGGCGGAGCGCACGGUGCAGCAGUGCUGCGAGAACAUCCUGCUGAACGCCGCCUGGCUGAAGCGCGACGCCGACGACAUCCACCAGUAUCUACUGCGGCGCAAAGCCCCGCCCGUCUGAGCCGCGCCGUCUCCUCCGGACCUCUCAGCAUCAUAGCUGCCUCAGCCCCACCCACCCCCUCCCUCCCCACCCAGCACGGAUGAGAGCAGCGUGCUCGCGACGGGGCGCCAUUUUUCUGAACUGUAAUCAACCAGAAGGAGGCGGAGUUUGAAACGAGAAGAAGAUUCAUGUUAGUCGAAGCAAGAAUGUAGUUGCCCCCCAUCAGGCACUGCACACCAUAUACUUCCAUAUGACCCCCCCCC